CACGCCGCGGGUCUAUGAAGGUCCUUCCCACGGGCGGGGGCCCGACCCGGCGCCCGGAGCCUGAGGCCAGGCCGGAGGACGUCGUGGAGGAAGCGGUUCCUGCCGUGCCCCCGGCUCCACCCCUGCGGGGCGCGCCCGCGGCGGGGCUGCCGCCGGACCCCCAGGAUCCCUGGGAGGGCGAGGAGGACGCGGAGCCCGGCGAGCGGCGGGGCGGGCGGACCAGCCGCACCGCGUCCCUGGUGAGCGGGCUGCUCACCGAGCUGUACAGCUGCACCGAGGAGGAGGAGGCGGCCGGCGGGGGCCGCGGGCCCGGGGGCCUCCAGCGGCGCCGCGACAGCCUCGACAGCUCCACCGAGGCCUCGGGCUCCGACGUGGUCCUGGGCGGGCGCGGCGACUCCCGGGAGCUGCAGGAGCUGCGGGAGCGGCCGAGCCAGCAGCACCAGCGCCUGUACCUGCGGCAGAAAGACACUAAUGAACUGAAGACGAUCCUCCGAGAGCUUAAGUACAGAAUUGGCAUUCAGUCGGCGAAGUUACUCCGGCAGCUGAAGCAGAAAGAUCGGCUUCUGCAUAAAGUCCAGAAGAACUGCGAUAUUGUGACGGCGUGCUUGCAGGCCGUGUCACAGAAGAGAAGUAAUUGUGACAAAAGAAAAUUCAAUCUAAAGCCAAAAUUGGGAAAAAAUGGUUUUCAGCAGUGGUAUGAUGCUCUCAAGGCAGUUGCCAGACUAUCAACAGGAAUACCAAAAGAAUGGAGGAGAAAGGUUUGGUUGACCUUGGCAGAUCACUAUUUGCACAGCAUAGCCAUUGACUGGGACAAAACCUUGCGCUUCACUUUCAAUGAAAGGAGUAAUCCGGAUGAUGACUCAAUGGGAAUUCAGAUAGUCAAGGAUCUUCACCGCACAGGCUGCAGUUCUUACUGUGGCCAGGAGGCGGAGCAAGACAGGGUUGUGUUGAAGCGGGUCCUGCUGGCCUAUGCCCGCUGGAACAAGAAUGUUGGGUACUGCCAAGGCUUUAACAUCCUGGCUGCACUAAUUCUGGAAGUGGUGGAAGGCAACGAAGGGGAUGCUCUGAAAAUUAUGAUUUACCUUAUUGACAAGGUACUUCCCGAGAGCUAUUUUGUCAAUAAUCUCCGGGCGUUGUCUGUGGAUAUGGCUGUCUUCAGAGACCUCCUGAGACUGAAGCUCCCUGAAUUAUCUGAGCACCUGGACACUCUUCAGAGAACUGCAAACAAGGAGAGUGGAGGUGGAUACGAGCCCCCGCUCACGAAUGUCUUCACGAUGCAGUGGUUUCUGACUCUCUUCGCCACGUGCCUCCCUAACCACACCGUUUUAAAGAUUUGGGAUUCUGUCUUUUUUGAAGGUUCGGAAAUCAUCCUAAGGGUGUCGCUGGCUAUCUGGGCAAAGUUGGGAGAGCAGAUAGAAAACUGUGAAACGGCAGAUGAAUUCUACAGCACCAUGGGGCGCCUCACCCAGGAGAUGCUAGAGCAUGAUCUUCUAGAAAGCCAUGAACUUAUGCAGACUGUUUACUCCAUGGCUCCAUUCCCUUUCCCACAACUGGCAGAGCUGAGGGAAAAGUACACCUACAACAUUACACCGUUCCCAGCUGCAGUGAAACCCACCUCCGUGUCUGGACGACAUGGUAAGAUCAGAGACAGUGAUGAAGAGAAUGACCCAGAUGAUGAAGAUGCUAUUGCUAAUGCCGUGGGGUGUCUUGGACCUUUCAGUGGACUCCUGGCACCUGAACUACAGAAGUACCAAAAACAAAUUAAAGAGCCCCACGAAGAGCAGAGUCUGAGAUCCAAUAACAUUGCGGAGCUGAGUCCAGGAGCCAUCAAUUCCUGCCGAAGUGAAUACCACGCCGCUUUCAACAGCAUGAUGAUGGAGCGCAUGACCACGGACAUCAACGCGCUAAAGCGGCAGUAUUCUCGGAUUAAAAGGAAGCAGCAGCAGCAGGUUCACCAGGUGUAUAUCAGAGCAGACAAAGGGCCGGUGACCAGCCUCCUCCCGUCUCAGGUGAACAACUCUCCAGUUAUAAACCACCUGCUCUUAGGAAAGAAGAUGAAAAUGUCCAACCGAGCCGCCAGGAACGCUGUCAUUCACAUCCCCGGCCACGCGGGAGGCAAAGCAUCCCCCGUCCCCUACGAAGACCUCAGGUCGAAGCUCAACUCUCCGUGGCGAACUCACAUCCGAGUCCACAAAAAGACCAUGCCGAGGGCCAGGAGCCAGCCGGGCUGCGGGGACACCGUGGGGCUCAUCGAAGAGCCGGGCGAGGGCUGCAGGGCCGCGCGCCCGGGGCCCGCGGAGGCGGAGGCGGAGGCGUGCCCUUCCCCUGGAGGCGGCAGCGCGCAAGGCAGCGCAGGGGGGCACCAUCGAGGCCGCUGCGCAAGGUCCAGCGGCCGCCAGGAACCUGGUGGCUGUACGGCCCCACGGAGCGGACCCCGGCCGGUGCACUUUCCUCACAUGAGCCGGGGCUUCAGCAAAGCCGCCGGUGGGAACAGUAGCACGAAGAAGCGGUGA